UUUUCUGUUAUCAUUUUUCAGUUGGAAGCUUCCUAGUUCCUGCCACUGCUCCCACCCCGACCUACCUACGAGUUAAUCGGAGUGGGGAUACUUCAAGAACAUUAACAAUCCGAUGAGAGCUGCUCAGAUCCAGUGCAACUGAAGUGCAACACCUGCAGUUCGAAGAUGGAUGAGAUCGGUGCUGCCAACUACUGCCACCAGGCAGCAUUAGAAGUUGGCCUCUCGCAGGGAGCUUCCGAGUGCUUCGACGACGAUGGUCGUCCCAAGAGGACUGGCACUGUGUGGACUGCAAGCGCUCACAUCGUGACUGCAGUCAUCGGCUCUGGAGUGCUCUCUUUGGCCUGGGCCGUCGGUCAGCUCGGAUGGGUCAUUGGCCCAGCCGCCAUGCUUCUCUUCUCCUUCGUAACUUACUACACAUCUGCUCUCCUCUCCGACUGCUACCGCUCUGGUGAUCCCGCUGCCGGCAAGCGCAACUACACCUACAUGGACGCCGUCCGUGCCAACCUUGAUGGCUUCCAGGUGAAGCUGUGCGGCUGUCUUCAGUACCUCAACAUCGUCGGAGUCGCGAUUGGGUACACCAUCGCUGCUUCCAUUAGCAUGGUGGCUGUGAAAAGAUCGAAUUGCUUCCACAAGAAUGCAGACGACGACGACGACGACGCCUCCUGUGACGUAAACAGCAACCCUUACAUGAUCAUGUUCGGUGUGGUGCAGAUCAUCUUCUCGCAGAUUCGUGACUUCGACCAGGUUUGGUGGCUGUCCUUCGUCGCCGCCGUCAUGUCCUUCACCUACUCUUGCAUCGGCCUUGGGCUCGGCAUCGUCCAAGUGAUAAAAAAUGGCGGAUUCAAAGGUAGUCUCACCGGAAUCAGCAUAGCCGCCGUUGGCCAAAUGGACAAAAUCUGGCGCAGUUUCCAAGCCUUCGGCGACAUCGCGUUUGCCUACUCCUACUCCAUCAUCCUCAUUGAAAUCCAGGACACGAUCAAAGCGCCUCCGCUGUCGGAGGCGAAGGUGAUGAAGAGGGCGACGGUGAUCAGCGUGGCAGUGACCACCGUCUUCUACAUGCUCUGCGGGUGCAUGGGCUACGCGGCCUUCGGCGACCUGGCGCCGGGGAACCUUCUCACCGGCUUCGGGUUCUACAAUCCCUUCUGGCUUCUCGACAUCGCCAACGUCGCCAUCGUCGUCCACCUCGUCGGCGCCUACCAGGUCUACUGCCAGCCCCUCUUCGCCUUCGUGGAGAAGUUGGCGACGACGACGUGGCCGGACUCUCGAUUCGUCUGCAACGAGAUCGAAGUGCCCUUGUGGCCGGGCGGGAAGGGGUACAAGUACAAGAUCAACCUUUUCAGGGUGGCGUGGCGGACGGGGUUCGCGGCGGCGACCACGGUGGUGUCGAUGCUGCUGCCGUUCUUCAACGACGUGGUGGGGCUGCUGGGCGCUCUGGGGUUUUGGCCGCUCACGGUGUACUUCCCGGUGGAGAUGUACAUAGUGCAGAGGAAGGUGGAGCGGUGGAGCACCAGGUGGGUGUGCCUCCAGAUUCUGAGCCUCGCGUGCCUCGUCAUCACCGUCGCCUCGGCCGCUGGCUCGAUCGCCGGAGUCGUGAGCGACAUCAAGGUUUACCGGCCGUUCCAAGGCUAGGGAAAGUUCAAUGGCAUCCCUGUAAUUUACCUACUCUGACAAAAGUUCUCUUAAAAUCUCAAAAUUAUCAACAUGCCCCAUUAUUUUCAAAAUAUCUCACAAUUUCUUUAAA